UUAUUUUGCGGGCAUGUGCUUUCACUUACUAUUCUCAGAAUCACAAAACAACCACGAGACUGGCUUCCUCAAAGACUUACAAAAAUUAAUUGUUACACGUCCGAUGAUAAGAUAAAAUUACCGAAGGAAGGAACAAUUCAUUGAAUUUAAAAGAUGAUGAAAUGGAAAAAAGUACUGAGCUGUCUCAUCUCUUCUCGCCUGAUGUCCACAUCAAGUAUAAAUUUGUUGACGAAAAAUUCCGAAAAAGUUUUCCAAUCCCAUUUGGAAAAAAUUAGUGGGGAAGUAACUCACAACUUGUAUGGCGUGGCGAGGCAACUCGUAAAGUUUCAACAAGAUGCAGAUGAGAUUAUUUCAUUGCAAGGAGAGGCGGAGAAAGAUGCUGAACUUCAGUCCAUGGCAGAGAAAGAUUUGGCUGUUUUGCAAGAACAUAUUGCCACUUUAAAACACAGGUUCCUCACCGAGCUAGUUGACCAUUACAGGAUGGACCCCGUGUAUUCUUCCUGUCACGAAGUCUUGCUCGAAGUCUCUCCCGGCGUUGGGGGUCAAGAAGCAAUGCUCUUUAGUCAAGAUUUACUUACCAUGUAUUCCAACUAUGCUAGCUAUAUGCGGUGGAAUUACUCUAUUGUCCACCAGGACUUUAGUGAACUUGGUGGCCUCCGCCAAGGAUCUAUCUUAAUCAACUCUCCUUCUGCAUACAAAACGCUAAACCUCGAAUCCGGGGUCCAUCGAGUUCAACGCGUCCCCAAGACAGAGAGAGCUGGUCGUAUUCACACCUCCACGUCGGCUGUUUCUAUCCUUCCCACUUUAGAUGAUGUUGAUAUAAAAAUCGACGAGAAAGAUUUAAAAGUAGAAACACGGCGGUCGUCCGGUGCUGGGGGUCAACACGUCAAUACAACCGAUUCUGCCGUUAGAAUGUAUCACACCCCUUCUGGUCUAGUUGUUGAUUGUCAAACGGAACGGAGUCAGAUUCGAAAUAGAGCGGCCGCCUUGAAAAUGCUUAAAAGCAAAUUGUACCAAUUAGAGUAUGAAAGAAAUUUGAAGAUGAGCAAAGAUUUGAAAAAGAUGCAGAUCGGAUUAGCUGAGAGGUCGGAUAAGAUUAGGACGUACAACUUUAUGCAGGAUAGAAUUACAGAUCAUCGAUAUUCGUAUACGACGCAUGACAUGACAGGAAUACUAUCCGGUGGUAUAGCUUUUGAUAAUUUUCUACAAGAAAUCAAAUUACGAGAGGUCGAUCGUGUCUUGAGUUUGUUAUAGACUAGAGUUUUUAUUUAUUCGGUUUCUUUUGAUUGUCUAUUUCAUCCUAAAUUAUACACACACAUGUAUCGACGGAGGAGGUAGUAAUUAUUAUAUCAGUCGCCAGCAACUUUUUUAAAAUUUAUAUUCGAGAGAAAUUGGAGUUAAUUGAGGAUGAAAUAUUUUGGUUAAAAUUAAAAUUAAAAUUAUUUUUUAUUAGGAAAUAGAAAUCUAAGACGGUUUAUUAUAUUUCUAAAUAAGUCAGGCCGACUAUUAUGUCACUUGUUCACCGUGAUCGUUAUCUCAGAGUCUUCUUCUUCUUCUAUCUUCUCAGACUCGUUUUGAGGAGAGGCUGCAAUAAGCAAAUCAGACCAGAAAUUAGCUACGUGUUGAUUUCGAUAUUAAGAAAAUAGCAACAGUGGUUUAUACCUGGAACUAAACUUUGGUAAAAAUCCCUGUUCUCUUCUAACAUAUCCAGAAUAUCUUGGGCAUCGGGGUGCACCUAUGAUAAUUCAGUUUUGUUAUCCAUGAUCGCAAAAUAUAUAUAAAUGAAAAUACAAAGAAAUAAAAAGUUAGUACUUACGAGGUCGGCCCAUGUUUCCCAGAGUGGAUGAACAAUAAAGUCUAUGAAUCCAACCUGUA